UUUCAUGCCAUUGAGGAGAAGUUUAGGGAUAUGGAGAUUAGAGUGAAGACUCUUGAAGUGUCUGUGGCAGCUCAGGGAUAUCAUAGUCCGGUGUUUCCGCCAUAUGGGUCGCCUCUGGAAACACAAUAUGGGACAAGAACUGAUUUUGAGGGUGGGCAGAUGAGUCAAACCAUGGAAUUGGUUUUGUAUAAUCCCAUUUCUCCAACUGUUCCAGAACAAGGUGAUGAGGAGGAGGAAAAGAAUGAGGAGGAGAAAAAGAAUGAGGAAGAGAUGAAAGGAAAAGAGAAGAAGAAGGGCAAGAAGACAAAGAGGAUGUUGCAGCAAGAGGGUGGACCUGUAAUAGCAACCGGACAGAAGCGAACAAGGGCAGCUUCUCAACAUAUUAAGACACCAUUUGUGGAAGUGCAGCCGAAGAGAAGGAGAAAGAAGUAAGAACUAUGGUUGAUGUGUGCUGGUGGUGUAGGAAAAAACUAAAAAAUCUUUUGGACAUGAUUAUUUGUGUUUUGAACAAGUAGGAACUAUUGUUGAUGUUAUUUUGGUUGUACCUGGAGUUAGUACUUGUUAUUUUGGUUAAUUUUAGAUUUCCUACUUUUGGGUA